CCCUAUUCUUCCGUUCUAUAUAUAUAUACUCAUAUACAUACACGGAGGUGUUCUGUUUCUCUCUUUUGUAUUGAAGAAAACUGGGUUUCUCUUCUCUGUUUGUAUAUGUGUUGGGUUCUACAAACAAGAAGAUAGAAUAGAUAGAUAUAUUGUUCUUGGUGGGGAUAUGGCCGCUGAUGUCAGUUCUUUGGUUAGAUUGAUGAACGGCGUGGAUACAAAUGAAUCAGCUUCAUCUGGGAAAUCGACGGCCCCCAUCACUAGAGACCUCCUUGGUGGGUGUUGUACCCUUGACUCCAAGGAGUUGGACCUCGACUUGCAAGUCCCUUGUGGCUGGGAAAAGCGCCUCGACUUAAACUCAGGAAAAGUUUAUCUUCAGAGAUGCAAUUCUUCAAACUCGUCUUCUUCGACUUCGGAAAACAAACAGCAGAGCAGCAAGGCCGCCACCAAGUUCCAAGACCUCAAUUUUCCUCCCACGUCCAAGCAAACACUGAACCUCUUUGACGAGGCUAGCUUAGACUUAAAGUUGGUUUCUUUGUCAUCACCAUCCCCAUCGUCAUCCGUCUACCAGAGCGUGUGCACUCUGGACAAAGUGAAGUCGGCCCUCGAGAGGGCUGAGAAAGAAACCGUGAGGAAGCGCUCGAUAUCCAUGUCUAAGUCGUCGUCACCGCUCUCUAAUUCUUCUUCCUCGAUCAAGGACAGCUGCGAUCUCGAUCAGGAAGAGAAGUCCUCGUCGACCUCAUUUGCUGCCGGGUGCCCUAGCUGCCUGCUUUACGUUCUGAUCACAAAGAGCAACCCCAAGUGCCCUCGAUGCAACAGCGACGUCCCGUUGCCCAUGGCUGCCAAGAAACCUCGAAUCGACCUGAAUAUAUCUAUUUGAAAGAUUGGAGAGAGCCAUCUUGAAAUGGUUCGGAUUUUUUCUUUUUUUGUAAAGAUAGGGAAAUAGGUUUUAUAAGCUAAAGAAUUGGUACAUAAACGUUUUAAAGGUUUGUGGUUCUCUUACUUUGCAGCAGUAGCAUAGCUAUGAUGAAGUUCAAUAUGCAUCAUCUUUUGCCCCUUUCUGUCAUUA